AUGUCCCCCUCCGUCGGCUACUCCGUAUCCCCCAUUGUGGAAGAGGGAAGUAUCUCUAGACGUGUUGGCGAUGCUCUCGUCACGGUCUCCGCCUGCAAUGCCGACGUAUUCGACAACUUUUAUCUCUACAACAUCGCCAAAGGAUACGUUCUGACCAGCCCCAAGCGUGGUUAUGGGGCGAGCGUUUCGCUUCAACGCCGAGUUUUUGCUGGGCCAAUCCCUCCAGGCUACAUUGUUGACCACGUUGACCAGAACCCUCUAAACAACGUGUUGUCCAACCUCCGCCUGCGACUUCUUGAGCCGCGCAGCAACUUGCUUGUCGUGACGGGCGCAAAUCGACCCAAGAAACCCUCUGCCAAGGUCACUCGUAAACAGGUGACUGCUAUGAUGGUAUAUAGGCGUCAAUUUCAUAAUUUUGAAAAGGCUGCCCACUGGCGCCAAAGGAAAGCUGAAGAAAUCUACCCCGAAAAUUCCCCCGACACCUCUGAAACCGAGGAAGAAUAG